AAAUUUUUUCUCCGUGAAAAAGUCUAGCCCUAAACAGCCGCGCCUCCCUGUAAAUAGCCCUAUGAAGCUCGCACUGUCGAUGGCAAUACGGAAGGGACAUCUGUCGUCCAAUAAGGAAGCGUAGACAAAGCCGCCGGGAAGAAGAUCGAGGAUUUUAGCACGCGAUCAAACGAGAAUUUCCUGAGAAUUCCUUCGCUGCUGAUAUAAUAUGUGGCGUAGAGUUUCCUCUCAGCUCCAUGCGUUCGCUCCAUGGCGAUCAGCCUUACAGAUCCACCGCCCGGCUGCAGCCGGCGACGCCCUGCGGUGUGGAGCCAUGAAUUCGACCAGAAGGACCGUUCGCUUCUUCUCCGUUGAGUCUGGUAAUGCGCCACCUCCAACUAAAAAGAGGGUGGAGGACAUUAUGCCGAUCGCCACGGGGCUAGAGCGGGAGGAGCUGGAGGCGGAGCUUGAGGGAAAGAAGCGGUUUGACAUGGAUGCUCCUGUCGGCCCAUUUGGCACCAAGGAAGCACCUGCUGUGAUUCAGUCAUAUUAUGACAAAAGGAUAGUUGGUUGUCCUGGAGGUGAAGGAGAGGAUGAGCACGAUGUUGUGUGGUUCUGGCUAGAGAAGGGCAAGCCACAUGAAUGUCCCGUGUGCUCCCAAUAUUUUGUGUUGGAGGUUGUUGGCCCAGGAGGGCCUCCAGAUGGACAUGGUGAUGAUGAUGAACAUCAUUAAGGAAGCAGGAGUUUAUUUUUUGCAAAUAAGAUUUGGCGAGUGUUGUAGUAAGCUGCUGAAAAGCUAGAACUUUCAAACAGCUUAUUGUUUUUUGUUUUGUUUUACAUUUUCGAGUAGUUUAUUCAGCCACUUUUUGAUAUCUUUUCUAGGGUCAUUAAUGCUUAUUCAAAUAAUUGAUGGAUGAAUUAAGCUCCAUUAUGUUUCUUCUGUUUUGACCAGCCAUAUAACGAUUGUAAUUUUUUCCAGAAUUACAUAUGUUUUAUCAGGAUAAUUAAUCACUUUACCAUCUUUUGUUCA